CAGUGGCUAUAAAAGCUCUCAGCUGAGAGGCAGACAGCAUAUUAAGAAAAGAUUUUCAGAGAGGCCAAAGGGCUCUUCAUCUGCACACAGCAGCACUCCUCUGAAGCUUUAAAGAAACAUCCGGAUCAUCAUCACCAUCAUGGCUGAGAGACAUAUUCCCUUCACCUUGCUCCGCAGCCCGAGCUGGGACCCAUUCCGUGAUUGGCACCAGAGCAGCCGUAUCUUUGACCAGGCCUUCGGCAUGCCCGCCCUGCCCGAGGAUGUCGCCACAUUCCCCAGCACUCACUGGCCGGGCUACCUGAGGCCCUCCAUCCUGGCCCCAGAACUAAUGAUGCCACAUGCCCCUCUCAUGCAUCCAAGCCACUUGAUGGCUCAGCAGGCUCAGGCUCGGGCCCUCUCCCGCCAGUUGAGCAGCGGCAUUUCAGAGAUCAAACAGACCCAAGACAGCUGGAAGGUAUCACUGGAUGUGAACCACUUCUCACCCGAGGAGCUGGUGGUGAAGACCAAAGAUGGUGUGGUGGAAAUUUCUGGUAAGCACGAGGAGAGGAAAGACGAGCACGGCUUUGUGUCCAGGAGCUUCACCAGGAAGUACACCCUCCCUCCUACUGCUAACAUCGAGAAGGUGACCUCUGCCCUUUCUCCUGAGGGGGUGCUGACCGUGGAAGCUCCUUUGAUCAAUCCGGCCAUCGAGUCCUCAGAGACCACGAUACCCGUCAAUGUCGAAAGCAAAGGUGGUGUGGUGAAGAAGUAGGAAGAAAAUGAGCAGCCCCCCCCCACACACACACACACACACACACACACCCUCCUCCACACAUAUACUCAAAUAUGUGUGUGGAGUAGGGCAGGGGGGAUAUUCUGCAUGUAGUGAGGUAAGGAAGCGGCUUACUGCUCUUCAUAAACCAGGCUUAUUCUCAUGCCAGGGAGAAGAGAGCGAAGGAUUGCCCUCACUCUUCCCUCUCGCCUCCAUCUCUGGUAAUGAGCCUACCCCAGCUGAGCGCACUGAGUAAACACAUCUGCACCAGUGCCAUAUGCGUGCUUUUCUGCUGUAAUUACACUCUUCAACUCAAUACGGGAUAUCUCAGCUUAGCCCCCACUCACAGCUUCUUGUUUCUUUUUCUUCCUGACUUCCACACACACACACACACCCCCUCUCGCUGCGUGUUCAAGACAACAUCAUGAUGGAUGUAAUAGCAGCGAACUUGACAAUUAAGGAACCAUGAAUCCCGGGAGAGAAUCGGCAUACACACCACCGCUCUGAGGACAGAACAAGGACCGUUUGUGAUCUUACUGUGGUGCAGACUGGAAAAAGACUGGUUUAAGCCGAGCAAACAGAAAAUAAAAAAACACACAACACA